UUUUAGGUUUCGUCAGUUUAACUUUCUGUCAUUUCCAAUUUCCAUACAAAUAGUGUGUGAUUGGCCGUUCUACCUUUACCUACUAUUAAGGUUUUUGUGAUGAAGCUAAUUGGUUUCAUCACUUUAAUUUUCUGCCAUUUCCAAUUCUUACACUAGUAGUUUUUACUUUAUCAAACUUCAAACCACCACCCCCCACGAAUUCAUCAAGAAGAUGACGAAGGUCUUCACCACCCCAACAUCCCUUGAUCGUGUACGAUCACCGGAAAUGAAAGAUUCAGUGACAGCCGUGGAGAAGAUCGUCGGCUACAACUUCAAGAACAAGAAGCUUCUAGAAGAAGCUCUCACCCACCCCUCCUAUGGGUCCGCUUCGUAUAAACGCCUUGGCCUUGCGACCCUUGGCGAUAGCGCUCUUGGCCAUGCAGUGACCAACCACUUCUUUUGUAUGGCUGACCACCCUCAGUUCAGCGAAGGCCAACUCACUUUGCUACGCUCUGCCAAUGUUAGCAACCACAAACUCGCCUGCGUCGCUGUUCGUCAUGGGCUUUAUCGCUACCUUCGCCACUAUGAACCUGCUUUUGAUGAUAAAAUUGAGGAGUUUAUUGAAGCUUUAAUUAAUGGAGAAGAAGACGUGGGGUUUGUUGAGGCCGAUGAACCCAAGGUUCUUGCAGAUAUUGUUGAGUCCGUGGCAGCUGCUAUUUACAUUGAGUUAAAUUUUGAUCUCGAUAAACUAUGGAUGAAAUUUAAGCCUCUUUUGGAACCUAUAUAUACUCUUGAAAACUUGCAAGGUCACCCCAUGACAAUAUUGAAAGAGUUUUGCGAGAAGAGCAGGAAGCGCCUUGAAGUGCGGCUGAGAGAUGAGACCGGAAAUAUAAGUAUUGCUGAUGUCUAUGUUGAUGGACUGCUUAAGGGAUCGGGUUCUGCUAAACGGAAGAAUACCGCACAGCAUAUUGCUGCUCAACAAGCUAUACAAAAGUUGUCGCAAUCGAUGGGUGUAAACAACAAAGGUACAGCAGCUGGAAACGACAACUCAUUUCGUAUAGAAGAAGCGAUGAAUGAGUUGCAUGUGCGUUGUGAAAAGAAGAGGUUGCCUAAACCAGAUUACAGAGAAGAGAAGAAAUCAGGUCCUCCACAUUCACCCAAAUUUGUAUACUCAGUUAAAGUGGUAACUUUAGAUGGUACCGUGAAAUCUGUGAAGGGAGAUGAAAAGUCAAGAAUACAAUAUGCGAAGAAUUCUGCAGCUCACAAGAUGAUCCUUACUUUACAAGAAUAUGAUAAUGUGAUCAAAACCAAAGAAUCCGAUUGCGUAAUGGGUAAUAUUCCCUCACUCUACACACUUGGGGCUAAGGCCUAUAGGGUGAUAAGAAGUCUCUUGGUUUUUUGUUUGAAGGGAAUACUUACACUAGUUAUUGUCUCUGUUUUGGCCAGCUUAGUUGCUGAGCGGUAUAAAUUCCCAUAACCAGACUUGGCAAGGCAUGAGUGAAGAAGAUAAUCUCAUUUUCUCUAUAAUUUCUGUACUUCUGCCUCUGAAUUUCUUCCACAGUUUCAUAUAUAUAUAUAUAUAUAUAUAUAUAUAUGUGCUUGUAGUUGUAUAUGUGCGUAGGUUCCUCUACCUGCUACAUUGAUUUGAACUUGUAACACUUGGUUCGUGCUCGUAGGUUUUAGAUUGCUCUGAAUAAUAAUUGCAUAGUUGUGUA